CAACGUCUUUUCACUUAUUGCUAUUAAUGGCGCUUCCGAACUCACAGACCUUACUAUUCCGGUAACUUUGUUGGAAAAUUUCAUCAUUCUAUCUCUCUCCCUCUCCCUCUCUAGUUGUUUUCUGGAGCUUCAUUCUACUCUAAUCUUCUCUACAACUCACCCGCUGGGAAAGUUCUUCUCCGGCGGUAGUACUUCCAGUUCAAAAAUGGCCGAACAAUUUUCGAGCUCCGUUGAGUUCGGACUGAGGCUCUCGAAGCGAAUUUUCUACGGCAAAGGGUCGCUUUCCGCUCCGAUACCGGAGCCGGCGAUAUCCAAGACUACGGACGUGUAUAUACCGACCGCACCGAUGUGUUACGCGGUGGUACCGGAACCCGAUAUAGUUGACAAUCCGGAUAUUCGGACUUACCAGCCGUACGUGCACGGCCGGUGUGAACCGCCGGCGUUGAUCCCACUACACAUGCACGGAGUAGCCGUGGAAAUUGAGUGUUCCCUGGAUACGGCAUUUGUUACAGUUAGCGGAACAUGGCGCGUCCAUUGUGUAAGAUCGAGUAAAAUUUGUGAUUGCCGGAUUGCUAUACCAAUGGGAGAACAGGGUUCACUUCUAGGUCUUGAGGUUGAUGAUAGUGGAAUAUCUUAUCAAACUGAAGUUAUCACUCCAAAAGAUGAAGGAGAUGUAGGGAAAGCAGCUAAGGCAAAAGAUGGAUAUUUCUUGAAAAGCCAAAUAUACACUGUCAAGAUUCCACAGGUUAGGGGAGGCUCUCGUCUUUCAAUAAAAAUCAGAUGGUGUCAGAAAUUGCUAUAUCAUGAUGACCAGCUCUCAGUUCGUGUACCUUUUAGUUUUCCUUCAUACGUCACUCCAGUGGAGAAGAAAAGUUCAAAGAAAGAGAAGAUUUUUUUGAAAGUACACUCUGGUCUCGCAGCUGAACUGUUAUGCAAAAGCAGCAGCCAUCCUGUUAAGGAACUAACUCACCAAUUUGGCAAGUUGAGUUUCUCAUAUGAAGCAGAAGUGCCGGCAUGGUCAACUACAGACUUCAGUUUUUCAUAUGCGGUUUCUUCAGCUGACAUAUCUGGUGGCAUGCUCUUACAAUCACCAUUCCUCCGUGAUGUUGACCAAAGAGAGAUAUUUUGCUUGCAUCUUUACCCUGGAAAUAGUCGAAAUAGGAAGACUUUCCGAAGGGAUGUGGUAUUUGUCAUAGAUAUAAGUGCAAGCAUGAGAGGGAGUCCGCUUGAAAAUGCAAAGAAUGCACUUCUGGCAUCACUUUCUCAGCUAAAUGCCCAGGAUACAUUCAAUAUUGUAGCUUUUAAUGAGGACUUCUACUUGUUCUCAUCAUCAAUGGAACCUGCAACAGAAGGAGCAAUGUUAAAUGCUACCCAAUGGAUUGAUACUUCGUUUAUUGCCAAAGGUGGUACAAACAUAUUGCUUCCCCUAACUCAGGCAAUGAAGCUAUUUCAGAAAACUACUGAUUCAAUCCCUCUCAUUUUUCUGGUUACUGAUGGAGCUGUUGAAAAUGAAAGAGAGGUCUGCAAUCUUGUUAAAAGCUACGUCACAAAUGGGCAAUCAAUUUGCACUCCUCGCAUGUGUACUUUUGGCAUAGGUUUAUAUUGUAAUCACUACUUUCUGCAAAUGCUAGCACAAAUUGGGAGGGGUCACUAUGACGCUGCUCUUGAUCUAGAUUCAAUUGACUUUCGAAUGCAGAGGUUAUUUAGAUCUGCUUCGACAAUCAUUGCUUCCAAUAUAAUGGUGGAAAGUUUAGAAGGUCUUGAUUCACUGGAGUUAUUUCCAUUUUAUAUUCCCGACCUUUCACUUGAAAGUCCGCUGAUUAUAUCAGGAAGAUAUGAUGGAACCUUUCCUGAUUCGAUUAAAGUAAAAGGUACUUUGGCAGAUAUGAGCAACUUUGAAGUGGACUUGAAAGUGCGAAGGGAAAAAGAUAUUCGACUUACAAAUGUACUUGCCAAAAGACAUAUAGAUUUUGUCACUGCUAAGGCAUGGUUAUUAGCAAGUAGAGAGCUGGAGGAGAAGGUUUCCAAAAUGAGCAUACAAAACAAAGUCCCCUCGGAAUACACCUGCACGGUUCUUGUGAAUGCUGAGAAGGAAAGGGGGAAGAAGGCACCACAACCAUUCCUGAUACAGAAGGCGUACAGCAGAAUUACCCAGCAGAAUGUGGAACUUGAAAGCCAGAGAAUAUUCCUAGGAGGGCUGAGUAUUGGAUUUGGUGACACCAAAGCAACAGCAGCGAACGCCCCGCCGGCACUAAAAGAAGCGAAACCUUCAGAAGGGCUGUUGGAGAAGGCUACUGCCACAUGUUGCAGUAAACUUGCUGAUACCUGCUGUUGCAUGUGCAUGCUCCGGGCUUGUUCUUUUAUGAAUGACCAGGCCUCUAUUGUCUGCACCCAGCUAUGUGCUGCUCUUGCUUGUUUCGAGAUAAUCAAAUGCUGCAUCGAGCUCUGCGAUUGUGAGUGCUUCGAGUGACACCAUUUACCAAGUUGAACUUGGGAGAAAAUCUCUGUAUCGUUCACAAUCAAUGUAUAAUAUAUUAUUGACAAUGUAUAUAUAUAUAUAUAUAUAUAUUGCUAUGUCGUCCGUACUCAGCUAUAUGAACUUCUUUUCUAUGACCUCAUUUCUUAUCCCUAUCUGUUAAUGGGGAGGAUCGUCCGGAAACAGGUAUGAGAACAAAUAGGUGACGUGCAAUGAAAGGAUGAUACGUCUCAACUAAGCUUCAAUUCAAACUA